AUGUUAUUAUGGAAACAAUUAGUUCGAGAACAAAUAACAAGUGAAGAUAUUGAAGCAAUCGAUAUACAAAGUUUUACAAUGAUCAAUGAAAUGGAGAAAACAAUGUCAGAAAAUGAUCAAUCAAUUGAUCUUGAUGAUGUACUUAGUAGUAUCUUGGAUGAACUACGAUUUGAAGUUGUCAGUUCAAAUGGAUCAACAUUUGAACUUGUUCCUAAUGGUCAAGAAAUACCAGUAACGAUAGCAAAUUUCAAAGAAUACUGUGCGAGUUAUCGUAAUUAUCGUUUGAAUGAGUUUCAUCGUCAAAUCGAAUUUAUUCGUCAAGGUUUAUACAGUAUUAUUCCUGGCUAUUUUUUGAGUUUGUUUACAGGCAGUGAAUUAGAAGAAGCUGUUUGUGGAAAAGGUGAAAUAGAUGUAGAAUUAUUAAAACGCAACACUAACUAUGGUUCUGCUUAUAGUCAAGAUGCGCCAUGUAUUCAACGAUUUUGGAUCGUUCUCAGUAUUUUGUUUACAGAAGAGCAGAAGAAAUUGUUUUUGAAAUUUGUCUGGAGAAGAUGUACAUUACCGAAUAGAGAUGAAGAUUUUACAACUCGUUUUACAAUUAAUGGAUUUGACAUAACUAAUGGUCCCGUUGAUGGAGCACUACCAAGAUCGCAUACAUGUAGUUUUGUUCUGGAUUUACCAGAGUAUUCGUCAACAGAUGUUAUGUAUGAUCGAUUAAAUUAUGCUAUUACAUAUUGUUCAAGUAUUGAUGGCGAUGGUAAUAUGAACGAGAUGCCUAUGAUCCAGCAAGUUUUAUCGACGAUUGAAUCAUCUUGA